UGGCGGGAAGGUCCUGCCUGCACCCCCCUCCCCGGUUCGCCUCUUCCCCUCGCCCCCCCUUUCCCGCUAAACGGGGGCGCUUCGGCUCCUCAUUGGGCUGCUCGCGGAAGGCGCUCCAGCCCGAUCCGGGCGAUCUUUUGCGGGCCGUCUCGGCAUCAUGAAAGCCUCCCGCCGCCUCUGAGACGGAGCCCCGCCAGGCGACCAUGUUGAGGCCGCCGCCUGCGUACGAGCUGGCCGGCUACCGGCAGCCGCCGCCCUCCUCCGCCUUGCUGAACAAGCACGUCUCCGAACGGGCGGACUUCGCGGCACCAGAGCCGCCGCCGCCCCGGGGCCCCGGGAGCCUCCCGUCCGGCGGGUCCCUGGCGGGCGACGCCAAGAGCGAGCAGCAGCAGCUCCGGCGCAAGAUCAACAGCCGGGAGAGGAAGCGGAUGCAGGACCUCAACCUGGCCAUGGACGCCCUGCGGGAGGUGAUCCUGCCCUAUUCGGCGGCCCACUGCCAGAGCUCGCCCGGGCGGAAGCUCUCCAAGAUCGCCACGCUGCUCUUGGCCAGGAAUUACAUCCUCCUGCUGGGCAGCUCGCUGCAGGAGCUCCGGCGGAUCCUCGGCGACCUGAGCGGCUCCGGCGGGGCCCCGAGGCUGCUGCUGGCGGCGGGGCUGCCCCUCUUCGCCGCCGCCCCGAGCCCGCACCACCACCCUCCGGACAGCCUGCGCUCGGCCAGCAAAUACCUCUCGGUGGCCCUGGAGGAGCCGCCGCCGCCGCCCUGCAGCCCGGCGCACCUGCCUGGCGGGGCGAGCCUCUGCACCUGCGGCGUCUGCAAGUUCCCCCACUUGGUGCCCUCGGGCCUGGGCUUGGCGGCCGUGCAGGCGGCGCAGUUCUCCAAGUGACGCCCCCACCACCACCACCUCCCUUUUCUCUCCUGGUCGGGCAGCGGGCGGCGGAAAGGAGGGACAACGGCAGGGCCGGCGCCCCGCUCCCCGGUGGAAGAGCCUGCCCUUGCGGGCCAGCGGCAGCGCUGCCAACGCGUUUGGCCCCGAGAGAGAGAGAGAAAGGAAGGAAGCCUCAAGACCUGUCCAAGGACUUCUUCGCUUGCUGGGAAGGGCGGGGGUGCGGGGUGGGGGUGGGAGGUCGCUUCCAAAAGGAUCGAGAAGGAUGGCGAAGCAAAGGGCGGGGAAGAGAUGUUCAAUGAAAAUGAAGCUGUCAUCAGUCCAACUUACUUUAUUAAAUACACAGUUUUGGCAAAGCACCGUAAACACCAACCCUUCCUAAGACUGUCAGCAACCACCUGUUCCUAGCCAUCUGACUUGGGAAGCAACCCCCUGAAACAGUGGGAUUUACUUCUAAGUGAACGCGCAUAUAAGACUGGGCUGUUUGUCCCACCGAUUUCAGCUUUCCCAUGCAAAGCCAUGAGACCCGAGACCUCCUUAAUUUGACCUGAACUGCGGUGUUGGAUCGGUUUGACUUCUCGCAGCUCAAGCAACAGGUCUCUCUCUGGCACUAGCGAGCAUUCAGACGGACGGUUAGCUUGGCAAUCAGAGACAGGCAGCCUCUGCGGCGUUUCCCAGUUAAUUUAUUUCUAGAUUGAUCCUGUCUUGUUUAAAUAUUUGAAAAUAUUGCCACGUGGCGAUCAAGAGGCUUGCUGCCCAAUCCCACCCAUCUUUACUCAAAAGUAAGUCCUAAUUAUUCUUGUAGGACUGACACUCAAGUCAAUUAUGAACAGGGUUAUGGCCAUGGAAUACAAUCGUAAACCCUGUUUAAGCCCGAGUCCCACUGAUGUAAAUGGGACUUGCCCUUCCUGGAGAUGUGCCUAGAGUUUUAGCCUUUCAGCGCCAUCCUAUAAUCUUCAAAUGCGAACCCUCUUGAGUUCAAUGGGCCUGAGUCCCAGUUAAGUGCAGCUAGGAUUUCAGCUAUCCUUUACUAAAGUUAUGAAGUUGUAACAUUUCCCUGAGCCCAUCACCAUAAAUGUUUGAGUUUAGUGGUGAAAAGUGAAGCAGAAGUGACAUUGUCUGGGUACAGAAAAAUAAUAGUUAAAUGCUUCUGACUACCUUUUAUAGCUCCUUCUGUUAGGUUACCAUGGAUUUUAACAUUAGAUUUUACUUCUAUUUUGGAUAUAGGUGUUUUAUUUUUAGAAAAAAAAACAGAACUCCAAAUGAGUAUAUUCUAAUAUGCUGAUCUGAUAAUAUGUAAUUUUUUGCCACAGGAAGUUGUGCCUUUAAAAAUCUCUACUGCUUUAAUUUAUAAUUUACCUUAUUUAAACAGGCAUUUAAUGGAGAGCAGGAAAAAACCUUUUAAAUAACUUUCUAUACAAUUUUUUUCCAGUUCUCUGGACUUAUGAAGCUAUAUAAUUCCAGCAACAGUGUUUGAUGUUUUAAAUACACUUGUGUAUAAUUGGUUGCAUUUGUAUUUUUGGUAGUUUUGUUUCACUUUUUAAAUGAAUCUGGUUUUUGAAAAUUCUGUAAGAACCUGGAACUGUAUGGUUAUAAGUGGCACAGGUAGAACAUUCAUAUCUCUCUGCUCAUGUGCCAGUGGCUACAAUAUUAGUGCAUUACAGGCUGUCUGUGGUUUUAGUAUUAGGGCUGCAGUUCUUCUCAUACGCAAUGGGAAUAAUCUCUUGAGUGCAAUGGGAAUUACUUUGGUGUCAGUGUGAAUAGGAUUAUGCAAUAUAAGGCUCUUUGAAAUAGCAUCAGCCAAGGGAGCAUGAUGGAUGGGUAGAAUUUGACUCUUGGCUUCCUACAGGCAUUAUGGUCACCACCCAACCCUCUUACUUUUGUGCAAUAUUAUGCAUUUAAUUGUCUGGAAUAAAGUA